AUGGCUUCGGGUCAGGAUAAACCUACAGAUCCUAGAGAAGAACAACCCAGAGAUGUCAGACCAAAGACUUUCACUUUGUCCACAGCCGAUGAAGAUAGUUUACUUGGUAUCUUUAACAAGUUGGAAGUUAGACCAGAGACAGAUACACCUGAACACUUCAUAGACUGGAUGCAACAAUUCCUUAUAUCUUCAGGUAGGAUGAAGGAACCCCAACUAUUGGCACAGACUGAUUUUAAGGCAACUACUGAAGAAUAUAGAUUACCAGACCCUUUGGAUCAUAGACCACUUCGACAGGCAGUUCAGGAUGACAGCACUUAUGCUCGUGAAAACACCAGAUCUCACCAUCCAUUGCCAGCUACUAACUUGCCUAGAGUAUCAACGUUUUCUGCGGCUUCAGCUUUCUUAUCGUUGACAGCUUUGGCUAUCCCAGCAGCUCCACCAGCAGUUGCACCGGCUGCAGCUAAACCAGCAAAGAUUAAAGAGUCAUCUGAACAAGAAGCUGAGUCCAGAGAUGAAGUGUCAGAGGCAGCAGUGGAUGAAAUUUCUCAGCCACAAGAAGCGCCGAUGGAAUCACCAGCAGAAACACCAGAAGAACCACCAGCAGAGCCACCAGCUGAGGUUGUACAACAUACAUCACCAGAACCAGUACCAGAUACUAUCGACGAUGAACAAAACAGACCUGAAGAUGAAGAUCAACCGCGACCAUCGAGAAUACGACAAGCACCCCAAUGGAUACAACGUGGUGAGUAUGUCCUAACACAGCAGAUUCCCAGAUUUCAAAGGCGAGCAGAUUUGGCAAGAUCUCUAUUGCCUGUGGAUUUUGCUACACUAGCACCAGAGCGACUAAGGAUUGUGUUAGAGAUGUUACCGACGUUGUGUAAAUCAAUACUUCCAGAAGAAUUUUUAUGA